AUGGUCACCUCGCCCUCACCCGCUGUCGACGCUCCGCCUCAAGGUCUCCAAGACCACCCUCAUUCUCCCCGUCACGCCCACGACCACCCUCUCGGACCUGCGCGCCCUCGCCCUCACCGCCCUCGCCUCGACCGCAUCGUCCGCGUCCGACGACGACCCCGACCUCGCCUCGUCGGCCCUCCCGACCGCCGCAGACGACCUCGCCCUGUGGCGCCUCGACGCACCACACCGCGACGCCGACGGCAACGAGACGGACAAGUGGGUCGAGCUCCGCGACGAGAGCAGCGGAGCGGCAAAGUGGGGCGUGAGCGAGGGCGAGGAGCUCGGCGUGAGCUUCAAAGAUGCCGACGGCUCUUUCCCCGAGCCGACCGUCGUCCGCCCCGUCGACGACGAAGAGCUCGAGUAGUUGUCCUCUCCCCCUCCUCUCUCCUCCUCGGGCUCGUACCGAGGUCGAGUUCCGGAUACCCGGCUUUGCAACGCGAUACCCUUGUCCAGC